AUGGCUCUCCCCCGCAUCGUCGUCCUCGGGUCCCUCAACAUCGACCUCGUGUCCUACGUCCCGCACCACCCCCAGCCCGGCGAGACGCUGACGGCCUCGCACUUUUCCACCUCCCCGGGCGGCAAGGGCGCCAACCAGGCCGUCGCGUGCGGCAAGCUCUCGCGCUCCUCCUCGCUCGCCGACCCCUCGGCCGACGUGGCCAUGAUUGGCGCCGUCGGCGCCGACGCGUACGGCGCGCAGCUCCGCGACAGCCUCGCGUCCUACGGCGUCGACACGGCCGCCGUCCGCGUCCUCGACGGCGCCAAGUCGGGCGUCGCCCUCAUCGUCGUCGACGAGCCCUCGGGCCAGAACCGCAUCAUCCUCUCCCCCGAGGCCAACCACGCCCUGCGCCCGGAGCACUUUGCCGCCAUCCCGGGCCCCAGGCCCGACCUGCUCAUCAUGCAGCUUGAGAUCCCCUUCGACACCGUCAUGCGCGCCCUCGAGGCCGCCCGCGAGGCCGCCAUCCCCGUCCUGCUCAAUCCCGCCCCCGCAAAGGAGCUCCCCGCCGAGGCGUACAGGGACCUGGCGCACCUCGUCGUCAACGAGACCGAGGCUGCCAUUCUGUCCGGCUGCAAGGAGUCUGACCUCGACGACCUCGAGGGCCUGAAGCGUGUCGGUGCCAUCUUCCUCGAGAGAGGCGUGCGCAAUGUCAUUAUUACCCUCGGCGGUCGUGGCGUCUACUAUGCUACCCACGACGGCAAGAGUGCAUUGGUCGAUGCGCUCAAAGCCAGCGUGGUUGACACUACCGCCGCUGGCGAUACAUUCGUCGGCUCCUAUGCUCUGGCUGUCGUCAACUCGACGAGCACCUUCGACAUUGAUACGGCCAUUAGAGCCUCUAACAAGGCGUCCGCCAUCACCGUCUCCAGACGAGGAGCUCAAGUAUCUAUUCCCUGGAAGGACGAAUUACAGUAG